AGUGAAACACCAAAAUGGUGUUUUUUCUUGUUUCAAUACUGUUAGCCCAAUAGAAGCAUUGUAGCAGAGGAAGUAAGUUAUGUCGAACAUUGUAGCGGAGGAAACAAGUUUAAAAGCCAUUUGCAACAUUCGACCCGAUAUUUUCUCUCUCCUCUAAAACCCCUAGAUGUCUGGCGAUUUGGGGGGCGACCAAAACGAACCUCGUGAUAUUGACUUUGUGUGAGGUGAUUUGUUUUCUUUCUUAUAGUUGUGUGAGGCGAUUUCUCUCUCUGUAUUCAGCGUCUGAAGGAAGAAGUAGCAGCAGCCGCCCUAUGGUUGUUACGGGUGCAAAUAAGUUUCGUAGGCAUGGAUGUAAGCAUUUUGACAAGAUGUCGACUAUAUUUGGGGACACAUAUGCAACAAGUAUGCAUGCCCACCCGUCCACUACAGUACCCCCCGCAAUCAUUUUGUCCACUCCCAAUGAUGACGAUGACGAGGAAGAAGGUUGUCAGGUCAAUCUCCCACCUUUACGUAAAGGUAAGAAAGCCAAAAGAAAUGGUUUAUCUCCCGGUAUGGCUGCACUCUUGUCAAACAUGAAUAAGAAUUCUGCGAGGAGAAUUGCGAAAAUUGAAGCUGCAAUAGAGAAAGCAGCUAAAACAUCUUCUACUUCUACUCGUGUAUCUUCAUGUGAGAAAGGAGAUGAUGAAGUUCUCUCUCCCUCUAAAAAGGAUAGAGAUGAUGAAAUGUUUGAUGCUUGCAUGCUCCUUUUACAAAAAAUACCUAAAAUUGAGAUGGCCCAAUUCGCUAAAGUAUCGAAGUUGUUUCAUGAUUCUAAGAAGUGGCAGAAAUUUUUUCUUUCGCUACCUGAGGAAAUGAGGAUUGGUUAGGCACUGAAUGUUUGAGUCUUUCUUUAUGGAUGGUUGUGUUUUGUGUCAUCGUUUAACUUAUUACUAUCUCACAUUUGGAUGACUGUAAUAACUUAAAUACUUUUAUUAUCUCACAUUUGGAUGACUGUAAUAACUUAAAUACUUUUAUUUUUUGGAUGCCUGUUAC